UUCUAAUCUUCUUCCGCAGUUCAACUCUUCUUCAUAUCCAUCAGAAUUCCAAUCACCAGUUCACAAAUACCAAGAAAAACCUUCUCUGAUUCACAAUGGGCAAGAAGAAGUUCAUCGACAAGAAAAAGUCCUCCACUUUCCAACUCAUUGCCCGAGACUCCUCCGAUCCCAACUACGACGACUCCCCCGGCGGCGACCGAGUCUUCGUCCAAGUCUCCGGCCGCCCCACCGACGAUUCCGACUCCAUCUUCGCCGACGCCCCUGACGACGAGGAAGGCGACCACUACUACAACCACCGCGCUUUCGGCACCUCCUCCGCUGCGGCGCCUCAGCCCCUGCCGGAGAAACUGAGGAAGGAGAUUCUGGACCUCGGGUUCCCCGACGACGGUUACAACUACCUCAACCAUUUGAGGGAGAUUAAGAACACCGGCGGUGGCUCCGCCUAUUACUCCAACCCCAAGGCCAAGCCCGAGCAGCUCCCGCAUGACGUCAAGGCGUAUGAUGCUUCGAAGUUGCGAAUUUCGGAGAAUGAGGCGCCGGAUGAGGAGGCUAUCUACAAGGUGGCGUCUAAGACUGUCAAUGUAAGGGUUCAGAGAGCUCUCGAUCCCGAAGUGCUGGCAUUGCUUGAUGAUAGCGAUGCUGCGUCGCGGUUCGGUUCUGAGGAUGAGGAUUUGGAGGAGGAUUUUGUGGUUAAGGCUAACCUUCCUGAUGGAGAGGAGGAGGAGGAAGAGGAGGAUGUGUGUGUAGGUGGUGAGCCGAGUUUGGUUGAGCAAUCGGAGAACAAGAAUGUGAGCAAUGAAGCUGGUGUGGUUUCGAGAGGAAAGAGCGGGUCUAUGGUGGAUGAUCCACGAGCUAGGAGGGAUGUGGAUGAUGAAUUUGAUAUGGUUUUAAGUCGGGAGUAUGACAAUGAUGAUGAUGACGAGGACGACGACUAUGAGGGCGGUGAUCAUGAUGAUGAAUAUUUUUACGGAGAUGAAGAGGAUAAAUCCAUUGAGGAGAAGCUCAAGAACGUCAAGCUUAAUGACUGUGUGAAGGAUGACUUUGAGCUUAAUGAGUAUGAGGUCCCGGGAGACAAUGAGGAGAUACAAAAGACGAAGCAGCUUGGGAAAAUAUAUGAGAAUGAAGAUCAAGAGGACGAGGUGGUAUUUGUAGAGGAAUCUAGUGAUGAAUCAGAAAAGUGGGACUGCGAGACUGUUAUUACUACAUAUUCAACUCUGGAGAACCAUCCUGCGAAAAUUGGAGCCCCAGAACUAAGUAGAAAGAAGAAGCAGCUUUCGGAAACUGUUUUUAAAGGCUUGGAUGCCUCCAAUAAUUUGAUAAAGCUUGGAGGGAAACAGAAGCUGCCUGUGGACUUCUUGCCUGGUAGUAGAAGACCGGCUGCUACAGAGAAGGUAGAAAAGAUGGAAGAUGUAGGUAGCUUGAAAACUGAGCAGCUGAAACGGAAGCAACAUGGUCAGGAGUCAAAAGAGGAGAAGAAAGAGCGGAAGGCGGCUGUCAAAGAGGAAAGACGGGAAGCACGGCGUGCUAAAAAAGAAUUAAAGGAACUUUACAAGGGUGAAGCGCAGCAUGCUCAGAGAAUAGCUGCUAUAUCUGGCCCUUCUUCUAAACGUCUAAUGUGAUUGUGCUGAUUAUCAAAUGGUGGGGCUUGAGAAUGCACUGGAUUUAU